CAGUGCCACUAAUCAACCUUAAAACCAAGGCGCAAGCCCUAGCUUUUGUUUUGUUUGCGCCAUAAAAAUACCUACAAGAUAGUUGAAAGCAGAAAACCGAAAAUGGUGAAAGCAGCAAGUGAAAGUGCGAGCGGUGCAGUCCCUGAAUCCGUCAUUGAUUCAGUGAACGACACUCUCUCAAAUCUUCAAGAAUUGAAGCAACACUUUCAGCAAUUCAUGCCUCUCUUCUCCGACCCUCAAGUCCUCUCUCAAAUGCCCCCUCUCCACCGUGCUCACUCUUUCUUCCUCCUCAGCCAAAUCACUUCUAAUCUUCUCGCGUUGAAUUUGAGGUGUAGCGGGGUUCACCCAGAUGAUCAUCCUAUUAAAUCAGAGCUUGAUAGAGUGAACUUAUAUCAAGACAAACUGGAACGUUUGCUAGAUUUAAUGCAAGCUCCACUUCGACCGUCUACCACCUUGAAUUAUCAGGCAGCUACACGAUUUAUAGAACACUCUCUCCCCGACCUCACUCAAGAGCAGAGGCAAAAUAUGAGGAGCAUAAGUAGAGGGGAGAGACGUCAAGGGCGUGCUGGUCAAAAGAGGAAGUAUCAGUCUUCUGAAAAACAAUCUGUUCAAAAUGCCACCAAGGAAUUUUUGGAGAAAGCAGCCCUUGAGCUUUUUGGUAAUAAUCCUGACAGUAUUAAGGGGCCAUUACGAUUUGACAUGUCAGAUGACGAUAGCCAUGAUGAUGACGACAACGACAAUGAACAAACUGUAGCCUGAUUUUUCCUGAAUUCUGGAUUCGAUGCAAACUGGUAUUAUUUGGAUAGCUAUCUUGGCGACACAGACUCACUGUUCAUUACAUGGUGGCAUGUUGGUGGCCUGUGUGAAGUUAUUUUCGUUGUUUGCAAGAGAGGAGCACUAUGUCUGUGUAUGCUUGUUAUAUCGUGUUCUAGGUUGGAUUCUAUACUUUUCAGUUUUCACUGUUUGUAUAUGCUUCAAUUUUGGAUAUCGUUUUUCUGCUUGAUUUAUUUUUGCUGAUGCAUCUUAAGUACACAUUUUUGCAUAACUGGGUUU